AUGGAUCGGUUAUUGGAGCAACUAGAGGAGGAAAUAACGACUCUGGUGGACAGAAUAUCACAUUACCAGCCAAUUGAAGAAUGUUCAAGGUCCAUUUUGCAGCUGGAUCGAGAUGCCGUGGCUGCGCUGGAGGAGCUUCGCGAACACUACAAUGCGUGCCGUCGGCUUGAGGCAUUGAAAGUAGAAAGUGCUCAGCUGGAUAACGAGAUAAAUGAGACCCUGGUUGGCCUUUCUGAAUGCCGAAAGCUGCUUGAAACAAAGCCUGUUCACGACAAAGCUGGUGAGCCGAUUGCCGCUGAUGUUUUACUUAAUUAUGCUACUAAAAUCACCCGGUUUACCAAGAAGUUACCGGGUAUCGAGGUAUUACCGUGGCCCACCGAGGACCAAAUCCGCAAAGGAAUGCUGGCGACUUUGGCAGUUCAACGGCAGGAAGAACAGCUUGAGCAGGCUCAGGAAGCUGACGAGCUUGAGGAGACGAAGCCAGAACAACAGCAACAUCAACAACCUGUCCCGAAAGCAGAUCCAGAGGUCAAAAACGCACUGAGGCCGCGCCAAUCGGCUCCCAAACAACUUAUCAACCUCGACCUCGAUUCCGACUCUGACUAG